AUGCAUCUAGAGCAGGAAAUUUUACCUGUACUCUCUGACAACUUGGAAUCGCCACCUGAAAACGGGAAAUAUGAAGCCAUAAAGAACAGGAUUACUACUGUCUUUGCUGAGACCACGGAAUCUAGACUUAGAAGACUGCUGCAUGGUCAUGAACUAGGUGAUGAAAAGCCAUCGGUCUUUCUACAGAAGAUGAAGCACCUCAGUGCAGGUCAGUGUAAUGACUCAAUUUUACGUAGCCUUUUUUUGGAGCAGACGCCGUCAAAUGUUCGCACAAUUUUGGCGAUAAGUGAAAUGACGGAUUUGACAAAAUUAGCGCUUCAAGCAGAUAAAAUUCUGAAGAUGGCUCACUCAAAUAGCGUUGCAGCUAUUGAUACAAAGCCAACAACUUCUGGUCAAAAUCUCCCCCCAGAUACUUUGUCAGAUGAAGUUGCUGAAUUGCGUCGUUUGGUCGAAGCUCUCACCGUCAAUGUUUGUCGCAAUCAAUUUCGUAAUAAACCUUUUGGUAGGCGCAGAGAACGUUCCACGUCUAGAAGCCGAUUUUCAAGAAAUUAUUCGCAGAAUUCUCACCAAAUGUGCUAUUAUCACAGGAGAUUUGGAAAUUUAGCUCGUCGUUGCAAACAAUCUUGUAAUUUCGUUAAACCACAGGAAAACUCCGAUGACCGUCGCAGAGACGGUGGACGAUGGUCCUAG